AUGGCACCCACUGCUGUGUGGGCUUGGCAUAGGCAGAACUCCCUUACCCAGAUAUUCCCCGCAACGGGGAGGGCGGCAAAAUACGCUGCCUCACCGUCGCGGACCGUGCCUACCGGUUCGGUUCGCGUUGACCCUCCGUUGCAGAUAAUCGAGCUGCUGGAGUCGACCGCGGCGGACUCGCCUCUCAUCUCGCCGGCGGCUCUCCUGUGCCGGGUGGAGGGCCUGCUGCUGCGAGGGACGGGGGCGACAAGCGCGGACGCCUUGCUCGUGGACCACUGGUUCAACAAACUCUUGCACUUCUCACCAGCCACUGCUUCUGGGAGCGGCGGCGGCGACGGGGAGGCGAAAGGGGCUCAAGGGACGCCGAGCCGAGAUCGCCGUUCGUUUUCUGAUGGCAACGGCGGUAGUCAGAGCCAAAAGCAGCUUGAACAGCAGCAGCAGCAGCAGCAGCAGCGGCAGCAUGAGGUUGCGUUUAAUACGAGGGCGGUGUGUAAUAUCGGCGAGGGAAUCGCAGGCAUAGCGGCGAUGACCGGACGGAAGUUGCAACUCAAGGAUUGCUCCACACGGCAACAACGGCGGCGAGGAAAGGCCUUGUACGGCACCGAGUACACCAGCGGCAGCGUGGUGUGCUGGCCGGUCUCAGCGCUCCCUACUGAAGUGGGAGUUACGCGAGCGGAAGCAGAAACCUCCGCGUUGGAGCAGUUGGAGGACGUGGACGGAGAUGACGAAACGGAGGAGGCGAGGCCAUCGCCGGGCCCUGCGGAGAGGGUGCUAGCGGUGUUGCAGGUCCACUGCGCGGACGGUGUGCUCUCGGCAGCGGCGGUGGAAGCCCUGCACGGGUUAGGGAGACUGCUGGUGCCGCUGCUCACGGAGGCUCUGGCUCGUGACGAGGAGUACGUGCGCCACCGCUCCACUGAGGCGCUGCUGUCGCUGAGCAACAUCAGUCCGCGAGACGUGGGCCUGAUCGCGAUGGUCGAGGAGGUUGUCCGUGUUGCACAGACAAUGACGGAAGCGGAGAGGGUUUGCCUCUUCUUCGUGGACGACGCGGCGGACGAGCUGUGGGUGGCCAAGUCAGUGGACUUCGAUGAUGCCAAGAUCAAGAUCGGGGAAGGCUUGUGCGGGCACGCGGCGGCGACCGGAAGGACCGUGAACGUGAUCGACAGCUACGAGGACCCCCGUUUCGACAGGCGGUGGGACAAGCAGACCGGCUUUGUCACCAAGGGGUGCGUCGUGUUUUGCGUGCAUACGUGUGGCAUGGGCAGCGUCGUUCUUCGCGUACCGUCCGUAUUGUGCGUGCCAAUCCCACCUCCAGACCACGUCGUCUUGUGCGCUUCGCCGGCGGCGGGCGGCGGCAGCCGCGGUGGCAUGUGGGCGGGGGCUGGGGACGGACCCGAACGACGAGAAAGCAACGGCAGCCUCCAAGACGGAAGCGCCGAGCUGCCGCGGAGGGACGACGGCGGUACCGAUCCCCGAGUGUCGAUGGGCGUGGACGGCUUCCAGCCCACACGGCGGGGAGUGUCGCAGCAGCAGCCGGCCGCGUGGGAGGGGGGGAGGGCGCCGCCACCGCCGCAGCCAAACCCGCGCCGCCGCCGAUCCUCGAAGAUGCCGGCGAGACCCCUGGCCGUGCUGGAAGUUAUCAACAAGCGGGGCAAUGGCGUCUUCAACGAGCACGACGAGAUCGCGCUGGUGGGCCUUUGCGCGCGAAUAGAGCUGCUCCUCCGGAACAAGGCCGCGGAGGUGACUCUCCUGUACUCGGGCAUGACCGAGCGCUCCCUGAUCCGCCAGAGGAACGGCGGCGGCGGCGGCGGCGGCGGCGACGGCGAAGCCUCGACCAACUACGCCCGCGUCGAGAGCACCAUCAUGAGGCUCUACAGCGAGGCGCCGUUCCUGGCGGACGCCGCGGUGCCCGGAGAGCAGCAGCAGCGGGCGCCGAGCCAGAGGGACGACACGGCCGCGCGGGGUGGGGACGUUGGCGGCGGCUGCCCCCGCCGCUGCCGCCGCCGGCCCCAGCGCUCGAUGACCGACACCGAAGCCCCCCCGGGCAUGGAUGUCGGGCAGACUGGCGAGGGCGACGGCGUUAGAAGGCGGGGUGGAAGUGACAGCUCCGUCUCUCUUGGGACGGGGGCGGCGUCCGGCGAGGGGGAGGGGUGCCCUUCGGGAGCCGGUGGUAGCGGCGGCGGCGGGGGUGGUCCCGGCGUUGAUCGGCCGAUCAGCGCGGAGAGCACGCAGGAGGAGUCGGAGCUAGUGGACCUUGGCAUGAACCUGUUCAACCUGAGCUCGGAGCAACUCCUAUCCUUGGUGGGGCGGUUCUUCCGAAAUAUGGAGCUGACAGACAGGUUUCAGACGAAGAUGGCCGCUGCAGCAACAGGGUUCAAGGAGUACCUUCAUGGACCAAUGGAUGCAGGGACAAAGUUGAAAGUCGAAUUCAGGACCGGGGACAUUGGACUUGGAGAGCGUAGACGAAGAUUUAGGAACGUAGACGACGAAGACGACAAGUUGAAAUGUGAAUGCGGCUCCGGGUGCGAAGACCGGGUUCAUGUAGUUGCAGAACAUCCGUUGUACAAGAAGGAGCGGGAAGUGUACAUGACUGAGAUCGGAAAAGUAGGAGGAACAUACAUGGAGAUGUUUGAGGCAUGGAAUAGACAAGAGAAGACGGUAGCAAUUUCUGAACAGAAAAUGCAGAACUUCGCAAGGGGGGUCGAGCGACGAUAUCGGCCCAACUCCUUCCACAACCUGACCCACGCCGUGAGCGUCACCCACGCGUCCUUCACGAUCGUGAAGACUACGCAAGUCAACUCGUUGCUCCGCCCGCUGGACAAGCUCGCCCUCCUCGUCGCGGCGUUCUGCCACGACAUCGACCAUCCAGGGAACAACAACGCCUACGAAGUGAACUCCCUCUCGCCCCUGGCGUUGCAGCACGGCGACAGCUCGGUGCUAGAGCGGCACCACGUGUACGUCACGUACCAGGCGAGCUAUUACCACCGGCGAAUGGCCGGGACGUUGGGGCACGGACGGGAAAGCUUAAGGGGUUUGUGUGACGCCUUCGUUGUGCUGCUGGAGGAAGGCGGGGCGAACAACAUCUUCUCAGGGCUGACGCGCGCCCAGUUUCGAGAUGUACGCCAGACCAUCGUGCAGGCCAUCCUCGGCACGGACAUGUCUGGCCACAUGCAGCACUGCGCGGAUGUCUUCCAGUGCGUGCAGAAGGCGAAGAAGCUGGCCGCUUUCCGAGGCAGAGGGUGCUCGGGCGGAAGGGCUUCGGCAAGCUGUGUCGCGUCCCGGCAGGGAAAGGACAGGGCGGGGCGAAGCCUGUCUCCCGUCGCGAAGAUGGAGACGCUCGGCGGGGGGGACGCGGCGCAGGCGAGAAGGGCGGUGGGGCUGAGAACUACGCGGGCUAGCUGUUUCCCACCCGGCGGUGGCGGUGGCGAUGACGUCGACUCCCCGGCGAAGAAGCGAUCAAAAUCCGCAGCAAUCGCGAACGGGUUGCCCGGCUGUAGUUCUGGGGCGCGGAAGAACACGCGCGGCAGAAACAUGUGGACGCCACCGCCGUCGCCGCCGGCGGAACACCUUUUUAGCGUGGACAAGGCCGAAGACCGAUCGUUCCUCACCAAGACCAUCCUUCACUGCGCCGACCUUUCAGGUCAGGUGCUGGACAACCACCUGGCCCUGGAGUGGGGAAGGAGGAUCCUGGAAGAGUUCCGAUUGCAGGCCAGGCUCGAGGGCAACGCGGGCUUGCCUCUGACGACAGUGGCGAGCGGAGACCGCGAGACGACGAUGAAGGGGCAGCACUUUUUUGCCACCAAGAUCGUCAAGCCGCUGUGGCAACCGUUUACUCUGCUGUUUCCCAAGCUCGCGCCGUUGUUGGAUAACCUGAACAACAACUGCGACUACUACCACCAGGAAUGGCUGCGCCUGGAGCAGCAGCGCCUCUCCGCCUCCUCUGCCUCUAACGCCGAAUCCCUGCAACGGCCAGGAGAGGAAAGAGCGGGUCGCCGAGCCGCCGCUAACGAGAACAAGGACGGCGUUAUCAGCUACUGGGGCGACGACGGUGGCGCCGCCGCCGCAACUAGGAUCCCCAGCUGCGAGUCCAGCGGUAGCGGCGGUUGCGGGGUAGGGUUCCCCCGCCCCUACUCUUCACCCCCCUCCUCCGGGUUAACGCCGGCAUCGGGCGCAGCGAUCUGUAACGGCGACGAGGCGGCGGCGGCGGACGGCAUGUGCGUUGAUCCUCUGGAUGGGGAGCAGGGCGGCGGCGAGCCGUAGUAGGGCGAGCGUCGAGAUGAAAGACGUCGCGCUUGUCGGCGGCCUUACUUGGAUAGGAUUGAGACCGCUCCGCCCCGGUAUCGAGAGCGGCACGGUCUGGUCCGGCCCGGCCCGGCCCGGACGUAUUUUUUUUGUACUUUUGUGGGAUUUGUGUUUUCAAGUUUAAAGACAAAUAAGUCCGUCGAACGCGGUGCGUGAUAUAGAGCAGUUGUUAGAGUUGCACUGCUUGGUCGCCCUAGAGUAGGCCGCGUCGACAUUGGUUGCAGAGGGAGAUUGCGAAAAAAAAAAAUAUCAGUUUUGGGGGCGGGGGGGGGUGUACUCAUAGUUGUGCAUGCCGUAGUCGUUAGACCAUUGACCUCGCAUCCGUGCAAAGCCGGGAUGGAGCACGCCGGGUUCUCACCGGACCAGGCUCAUACAUCACCAAGCGCGAAGCGCCGUGAGAUAUUUGGCGAGUCGCAUGAAGGGUGCGCUGCAUCCUGCUAAGGGUGUUCGGCAUCUUGUGCUUACUUCCUUGCGUACGGAUGACAGCUGCGUAUGAAUUAAUUUAUUUUCUGGUGCACUUCAAUCCAGAGACAGUUGUAAGCACUGUGUAACUGCCUCGAGGGUGCUUGACCAUUUCAACACAACGUGGUGCGACCAUCCCCCUUGCGUGGAGUGAGGGUUCUCGACCCCUCACAACGUGAUCUACUCGACGACCAUUAUGGUUACCGCCAAAAAAAAAACCCGGAGGUAAAAUAAAACCGGUAACCUGGUUGCCGAGUUCACGAAGUGAAUUGGCUUGUUUUAUAACGUCGUUGCCAAGCGACGAAAACCCAACCCCGAUAGCAAACACCGGGGGGGGGGGGUCGGGGGCGGGGAAAUGCUCGCACGGAGAGCGUGCGUGUGCCUGCAUAGAUUCCAGUCGUAUUAGAGAGUUUUUUGCGAAAAGUACCCACCGCUCUAGCCGGGAAGGUUUAGCCAGCGAUGGUUUAGAUCAAGCGCAUGCGAGCUUUAACGCCGCUUUGGCUUGACAAUGCCACUCUUGCGUGUUGUGGGAAUAAGGCAGUGUACGGUACAACGUAAAGCGUGUUGGUAGGCAGCGAAACGAUCAAAUUGCUAUCUAUUUCCCGUUGCAACAAGGUGCUAUUUACUCCGUUGAACGAUAUGAGAUGGUGAUUGGUAGCCUGGUAAGCGUUGUUACUACAGCUGUACCCCGGUUGGCAAUGUACAUCAUGGCAGUGUUUGCUGAUUGUCUCGAUGGGCCUUAAUCGACGUACGAAUGAGACACACGCAGUAUUGGCGUAGACUUUGCCAGGGAAGCUCGAUCUUGAUCUCCUUUGCAUGUGGCAAGCCAUCGUUGAAGUUGAAGGCGCUUCACAACUUCCGAGACAGUUUGGCACGAAGAGGAGGGAGUAUUCCCUCCGCGCACUGAUUUGUUCUCCUUCAAUGCCGCUUUUUUUGCACGUCUGUCGUGGAAAAGCUUGACGAGGAUGCAUGGGCGUGGAACGUGGAAUUGCACCAUUCUUUGCAGAGAUCGCCGCGAGCUGUAGUCAUUGUACCCUGUAAGCUAGAUGUCUUUCCAAUUGGGGGGCGGGGACGGCGGGGAGGGGGGCGGGUCGUGACCAAUCGGGGAUGGAUGUUGUCCGGCUGUUCCGCAAAUCAAUGCAACGGGAAUAUUCUUGCGCUAUGGGAGGGAGUCGCCGCCCGCGAUGGCCUGUCUGUACGGAGUACGGGGCAUGGUCGAAGCCAGAGUCGUUGCUGCAGAAAUGACGAGCAGCUUCUCAAAGGCGUGCGUCUGUCUUAUUAUUGUAGCGCUGACAGCACCAACACCAAAAUCACCAUACAACUAAUAGAUCCGCGACCUCCGUAGUGUAGGUGUUCUCCUUCAAGACGUAUUUGUUGCGUGGCUCUCGGUAUAACAUUUCAGUACAUAUAUAUAGCGUUUGGUGGUGAAUACGGGCAGACUGAACACGGCAAUGGAGUGCUCGACUUGACAUCAGGUCAAGAGAUCUCGCAUACAUAGAGUAAACCAGGGUAUUAACGAACACCCCCCCUUUAACGAACGUUUUUUUCAAAUGGACGACGCUCGGCGCACCAUCCGCCGAGACCUCCAUUUUUUUUUUUUUUCUUAUUAUCACGCAACAAAUCCAUCUUAUCUAUAGACAUACGUCUAAGGUAGAUUAGCAAUGAAUCCAUAGCGUGAGCGAAAGGCUACCUGUAUGUCUACGGUUUCCCAGACAGCAUACAACGAUAACUUCCCUGUGGGUAACAGCCUCAACAAGGCAGUUUGGUAGCCAUGUUGUGUAUCAAUCUGUAUGUUAUGUUGGGAAGUUGUAGACGGAAGAUUUAGGGGGACUCGGUUUGUCGGGUGUUCUAUUAUAGCACCCACCGUUAUGUGGUUGCGGAGCAAGCGCGUUUCGGGUUGUGUAUAGUUUCGCCAUCAACUUAUUUUUUGUUUGUGAUGUAUGGGGGCAUGGCGGCGCGGGAGAACAUAUUUACCUUGUUGUGCGUGUGUGUGUGUUUUCGUACUAUGUGUAAUGGCAUGUCGUUCAAUGUGAGAAGGGCACGGGAGAACAUUAUCUCAUUAUUAACUCCUGACGUGGCCGACGAUAGAGGCGUGUGGUUGGGGGUUCAUCACUGACAUGUGGGUGUGUGUUAAAUGCAGUGGGUAUGGUCGCCUCUCUCGCCCGUGUGUCGACAGAAGGUAUAGCUACCUUUCCCAUAUAUUUUUAGGCAGCGCGGACCAGAAGUAAAGACAGUGUAUCAUUUCAUGUAUGUAUCUACAUCAUUUGUACGUUGUU